CAUAACCUCUAUGUAUAACCUGUAAUUUUUAUUGAAAUUUCAACAUUAUUUUACACUUAAUUUCUAAGCAACACCACAUAGAAAUAAAAACUAAUUGAGACUAUUUCAUAAUUAACAUAACGAGCAGUUUUUAUUGUUAAUGUGUGGAUGUGAAAACAUGAGUUCUGAUUCAGAAGACCUUGAUAAUACUAAGGAAAAUGAUUCAAAUCAACUUAAGGUAUGCUGUAUUGGUGAUUUGUACAAGGGUGAAAUAUUUAAAACCAUCAUUGCUAAUGAUUUAAAUAAAAUGAAGGAAUUAUUGGUAUCUAAAAAUUACUUAUCUGCUCAAGACAACAAUGGUCAUACACCUCUUCAUCUAGCCGUUAUUACCAACAAUAAAGAAAUAUUGGAUCUUCUUCUCCAGCAGCAAGACAUUGAUAUAAAUGCUUUAAGUUACUCAGGAGAUUCUCCUUUGCUGUUGAGUUUAGCUCUAAGGAGAGAGGAAGAUUUUAUAUUAAAAAUUAUAGAAUCAAAAUGUAAUGUCAACACUUGUAAUGCCACAAACGAGACUGCAUUACAUAUGGCUGCUCAAUGUGGCUACACAGUUGUAGGCAAAGCUUUAAUUGAAAAAGGGGCAAAUAUUAAUGCAAGAGACAGUUCUGGAUUUACACCUCUUCAUGAGGCUUGUUGCAAUUUACAUUUAGAGUUUGUACAGUUGCUGUUGAAUUAUAAUGCUGAUGCAUCAGUAAAGUGUGACUCCUAUCUAACACCUUUUAUGAUGGCUGUUAAUAAUACAGAUAAUCCUAGGAUACCUUUGGAAUUAUUGGAGAAAGAAUUUUGCCUAAAUAAUAUAACUAUCGAUGGUUAUAGCACUCUGUUAUUAUCAAUUAACAGCUUCAAUCCAAUUGCUUUUGAAUUAAUUGAAAGAGGGGCAGAUAUUAAUCAUAUUGCUCCUGGUGGUCACUGUACACUAGAACUGGCUCUUUUUUGGGAGAAUUCAAAAUUAUAUAACGCAAUAUUUUCAAAGUUUUACAAACACUUGUUGAAUACAAAAUUUCUAAAUUCACUUUUUACAAAAUGUAAGUUUCCAGGGGAAGAGUGGGGUCUUUGUACAAUUGAAUUAUUAAAUUGGGAUGAUUCACUGCAAUUAUUUCGAAAAUAUUUUAAACAGAAGCCAAACCAUUGGACUUUAUGUUCAAUAAAUGGCAUUCCUGCAAAAAUGAGAGUAGAAUUAAUUAAUAGAUUUCUAUCACUGGACAUACCAGUUACAAUAGAUGCCGCAUUUGAAGUGUACAAUAAAUAUGGGUUUAAAGAGGAAAUGGAAGCUGUUCUAAAAAGGAACAUACCUUAUCCACAUCAAAAACGAACAACAACAUUGUUUUGCCCAAUUUUCUAUGGAACUGUUUUUAUACAUGUGAAUUUAAGAAAACUUGUGAUUAAACUUCUUUGUUCUUAUGAAAACUGGAGUAUAGCUUUGGAAGCUUAUAUUAAAAAGUUCAUAAAUUUACACCAGAGUACAGUUCCUUCCUUAGUUGAAUUAAGCAGAGAUGCUUGCAGAAACUUUAUUAAAAAAAGAUGUCGUUGUAGCGGCGGUUCUUUGGCAUACCACCAGUUUUUAAACUCAUUAAUGUUACCUCAAAAAAUAAAGGACAUCAUCAGGCUUAAAAUUCCAAUAUAUUCUUAAUUUCAUUGUUCCCAAUCAGUAUUUUUUUUUAAUAUUUUAUGUGAUUUAAUUUUUUUUAAAUAGAGAAGUAUAAAGUUUAUUACUUAGCAGUUUAU